GACUUCAGACUCCACAGACACUAACCCAUUCUGUCCACCUCUUAACUACCAACCAGUGUUUAUUCUUUCCAUUAUUCUCCAUCUGUCAACAUGCAUGUCUGUGUAACUAAUUCCACUUCAGCAGAUGACGUUCCUGUUCAGUUUUAUUUGUUUUGGUGAUGCCGAUGCUCUGAUGACCAGACUUCACCUUAUUUUUUUUUAAAUGCAUGAAGUAAGAAGAUCCUCUCCUUCUAUCCGCUGAAUGCAUGACUUGUUUGUGUCUGUUGUUGAUGUGUGUUGUUGAUCUCUGCAUGAGCGGCUCUAUGUGAGGACAGUACAGUAUGUGGUGGUUUCAGCGAGGUCUGUGUUUUCUGCCGGUGGCUCUGGUUAUCUGGUCGUCCGCCACGUUCCUCAUCUCUUACACCACAGCGGUAGUUUUGGGCCAUGCUGACCUCCUUGUUCCAUACAUAAGUGACACGGGCACUGAAGUUCCUGAACGCUGUGUGUUCGGCUUUAUGCUCUCAAUCUCAGCUUUCCUAGGCUUGGGCACUAUGUAUGUGCGAUAUAAACAAGUUCAGGCUUUGAUUUCAGCCUCAGAGUCUGGUUUACAGCUGCUGAACUACAGCGCCCUGCUCAUGGGCAUCUUCAGCACUGUGGGCAUGUGUGUUGUGGCCAACUUCCAGAAAACAGAUGUGAUGUCGAUCCACCUUCUGGGUGCAGGUUUGACUUUCGGUCCUGGGACGCUGUAUAUCCUGGUUCAGACCGGCAUGUCGUACCGCAUGCAGCCUCGCUUCCACGGCAGGGAUAUUCUGUGCGCGCGUGUGGCCGUGGGCAUGUGGUCCCUCAUCAGCAUCAUUACACUGUUCGUAUCCUCUGUGGUAAUGUAUGAUGAUCUGCCUGGAGUGAAUGUGGCUGCUAAAUUACACUGGCAGCCUGCAGAAAGAGGUUUUGUAGCUCACCAGGUCAGUGCUACAGCUGAGUGGUCUUUGGCUUUCUCCUUCAUCUGCUUCUUCAUCACUUACAUUCAGGAUUUCCAGAAAAUCACUCUGCGAGUUCAGUCUGUGCUUCAGAGUAACCAUCUGUACAACUAUCCUCACUAUGAAGAGCGAGAGCACGUGCAGCGUGGAGAGCGCUCUCCUCUACUGGCGGGCACAAUGUGACACACUGCGCCCUCUGCUGGACACUGCAGCACACCGUCACUCACUGGUACUCAACAAAGCUCAAUAUACAGAUUCCGACAGACACUUUUCAGCCUCAAGACCAGUCAUUGCUCAAGACAAGCUUCUGAUUUGCUUUCAUGUACUAUUCUGAUGCCCUGACGUCUUGGUAUGUAAAUCUUUACAAACAUUUUAUCAUCAGACCUACAUCAGUUAUAAAAUAUUAAUGACCCAUCACAAAUAUGGAGAUGAAAUGUAUCUUUUAUUUAAUUUAAAUGUCAUACUGAAUCUGUUGUUUCCUUUUAAAAUACAUUUAGAGAAUUGCGUCUGGCUCAGUUUCUGUGACAAGCCGAAACAAGCCUUGCAAACAUUAAAUACAGCAGCAUAUCACAAUACGGUUACCCCUGAUGCACAACAAACCCCAACAUGAAUGACAAACCGAACACACGAAGACAUAAAUAAAAAAUAAUCGGACAUUCAAUUCUAUCUACAUUCCUUACAAUUAUUUACUAGUCUACCGUUAUUUCACAUGAGAUUUACAACCAGCUACUGGUGGUGAGUGCUGCCACUACUGUUUCUUGGCUUUCUCUCUCAUCUUUUUGUGGUAUUCGGCAAUCUUUCUCUCAAAUAUCCCUGGAAAAAAAGGUAAAGGAAGUAUAUAUGAAGUAUCAAGAUCAUUUUUUUAUUCAUUUCUGUUUUAUUUGUUCAUUCCAGAUUAUAUACGUUUGAUUAGACUUGAUGUUAAAUGUAAAGAAAACAAUGGAAUAUAAAAUAUCUACAUGUAUAAUAUGGUUUAUACAACAGUUCUGUCUGGUUCUUGAAUCUGAUAGCCGUGCGAUAUUCUGCAUUCGUACAGCAUCCUCACCCUUCUGUAUUAGUCUGCCCACACAGUGACAGCAGAUCAAUAAACUCACUACGGUUUGACAAA